AUGAACAAUUUGGCGAAUAUUCUGGAAGUGAAGGGACGAAGUGAAGAAGCUGAAGUGUUGCUGAGAAAAGCAUUGAGAAGUCGGCCUGUUUUUGCUGUUGCAUGGAUGAAUCUUGGCGUCACACUCAUGAACCAAGGAAAAUUUGAGGAAGCGCUCAACUCAUUCCAUCGAUCUAUCCAGCUGCGACCCUCCAGUGCAGACUGUCUCUUCAAUCUCGGAAAUCUCUACCAGAAAAUGAAAAGACCCGAGCGUGCACUCGAAGCGUGGAAGAACGCCACAAUGCUCGACCCUCAUCACAGCAAAGCAUUGACUAACAUUUUUGUGGCGUUGGACGAGCGUGAGGAAUGUGAUGCCGUGGUGACCAUGGCUGAAAGGAUUCCGAACACGGUCGUGGACCAGUCGGCUGCACUCGCUUUCCAGAUUGGAGUAUGUCUGGGGAAAAUCGCUCGAUUUGCUGAAGCUGAACGUCAUCUGAAAAUCGCCAUUGAGCUCAGUCCGCAGAAUGCCAUGUAUCAUGCGAACCUA